UGUUCUCAAGUCUUCUGAGCAUGAAUACUUAUGUAGUUGUAUUAUGAGUAUAGUUUGUGCGUGAAUGUUUGAAAACUAAACAGCAACAUGAAUGAUGAUAGUAAUAGCACGAUUAAAAAUGUUUUUCCGGAGCCACGAAAAAAAUUCUGGCUGCGAUCGAGAAAGCGUCCUAAAAGUGACGCUGUCAGUAUUAGUUCAAUGGAUAUAUCCAUAGAAUCAGAUUUGGGAAAACAAAAGAAAAGAAGGAGAAUCACAGAAGUAGCCAGCAGUAUUUUCUCCUCUUCUACCCUAGGUAAACAAACAAAUAUUCUUCAUAGAUCUUUCACAAUACAGCAAAGUACAACAGAUUUAUCUUUUGUGGAUAAUGAAUCGGAUUCAAGAACACUAACAAAAAAGCACAAGGAAAAUAUUGAAAACACUAAUAGUCUUACACUGAAAAGUUGGGUACUUGAUGUUGCAAAUAUAAGUACCAAAGAUAGAUCAAAUUAUACCUUAAGUCGCACGGAAGUUAAAAGGCAAGAAGCAAUUUAUGAAUUAUACUGUGGAGAAAAUGUGCUUAUCAAUGACCUGUCUGUUCUCAAAGAUUUUUAUUAUGAGCCACUGAUACCUACUGGUAUCUUUAAUUCUGAGGAGUUACUUACAGUUUUUGGAGGUAUAGCUCAUCUGAUUGAAAUACAUACCAGAUUAAGGGAUGAAUUGGUUCAGUUAAGAGACCAAAAUGGAUGUACAGAUAUUGUUGGUCCUACAAUAUUAAAUUGGACCCCUACCUUAACAGAACCUUAUUUGGAAAGGUGCAGAACGCAAAUAUGGGCCAAACACUUGUUAGAUGAAAAAAGACUAAUGAAUAAGCGUUUCCAGUCGUUUUUAAAAAAACGUUUGGAGUCUCCUCAUUCUAUUGAUUUGUGGACAUAUAUAGAUGUCGCAAGAUCAAGGAUUGUUAAGUAUCCAUUAUUAGUUAAAGAAAUACUCAGGCAUACUCCAGUCAGUCAUUCUGAUCAAUCAUCUUUAAAAGAGGCAUAUGAUAUGCUAUCCAAAUUACUCAAUGAUAUAGAUGGAAUCAUGGGAGCUGCAGAAUGCAAGUUAGCACAAUCAAAAAUUCAUGUAAAAUCAGAAUAUGAUCCUUGUAAAUGUGUUGAAAGUGCAACAGAACUUAUCACUGAAGGACAGCUUAAAGAUACACGUGGCAUAAAAUUUCAGUGUUUCCUCUUUGAUACUGGUUUUGUAAUAACACGUAGGACAAGAUCCAUGAGUAAAAAGUACAAUUUGUCUUCUCCUGUAAUAUCUAAAGAACAGAUGUGCAUGAACACAGAAGACAAGUCUCUCGAAAUUUGUGAGUUCAAAAUUGGUGAUUAUGUUUUCACAACAGAAGAUGGACAUGGAAAGAGACACUGGAUUGACUCAUUAAGCAAAGUUUGUAGGUUCAGAAUUGAUUCGGUAGAAAAUGAAAUUGAUGUCAAUGAAAAAGAAAAUAAGGUUUUGACACCAGUAAAAAAGAAUCAAUCUAGUAGAUCCACUAUAAAUAAGAUAAGUGAAAAUAACUUUCUGACAUUAAAAAGAAGCUUCUUGAGACAAAAACGUAACAGUAUUGAUUGUACUUAG